UCAACAAAUAAACAAACGUGAAAACCACAUACAUUUCAAUGUGUUUCAUGAAAAAUGCAGAUGAAUGAGGUCAACAACUUGAACGAGGAUGAUAAAAUCCACGGGCAGAAAUGUAAGAAACGUGAUCAAGAUGCCAGACAGGCUGCACUUCAGAGAUGGAACAUUUUAAGGGAGGUUAUCUUGAGUGGUCGUGGUGGAGGGGGGGAUGACAGUGUAUCAGUGCGAAGGUUCAAAUCUUAUGGUUUGCUAUCAACCAAUAAGGUCACAGUAGAUGCGGACUCACCAGAUACGGCUAGAAAUUGGUUUAUUUACACAUGCCCUUCUCAGCCAGAUUUCAGCAUGCAGAUUAGACAUCUUAGUGACCAUGUUACUCCGGAAGCUCUGAGAGGUUUCAACAACACCGGCAAUGUCUGUGUCUGGCCUUCAGAAGAAGUUAUGACAUACUACUGCCUCAAACACCCGGAUGUGUUCAGAAACAAGUGUGUCAUCGAGCUUGGAGGAGGCAUGACCUGUCUCACUGGUGUUUCUCUCGGGUUGCAGUCCGCAGCUUCCUACAUUGAGCUUACAGACGGGAAUGAGGACUCUGUCUCAAAUCUUCAAGUCAUUGUUGAGAGAAAUUUGCCCAAAGCAAAAGCUGAACUUUCUAGCAAGUUGCUGAGAUGGGGCAGUGGACCGCUGGAUGCAGACCUCGCCGGGAAGUUUGAUAUUGUUCUCUGUGCUGACUGCUUGUUCUUUAAGGAGGGCAGACAGGAUCUUAUCACCACCAUCCAUGACCUCUUGAAACCUGAUGGAGAGGCGUGGCUGUUUGCGCCUAAGCGGGGGGAGACAUUUGAUGAGUUUGUUGUUCAGGCUCGCAGUCAGUUCCUGGUCACUGUCCAGCAGAUAUAUGAUGACCAGAUCUGGAAACUGCAUACGCAGAUGGAGUCCCUUGGCCAAGACCACUAUGACGCAGACAUCCAUUACCCUUGGUUUAUACACCUGACUCCCCUGCCUGGUCCAAGUAGAGAAGAUAGCUCCGAAAGAUGAUACCUAACACACCUACCACUCCACCUACCCGUCCCACUUCCGCACAUUGACAAGCAGAUAUACUUUUCACCAGGCUUAUACGCCUGACCCCCCUGCCUGGUCCUAGUAGAGAGGAUAGCUCAGAGAGAUGAUACCUAACACACCUACCACUCCACCUACCCGUCCCACAUCCGCACAUUGACAAGCAGAUAUACAUUUCACCAGGCUUAUACGCCUGACCCCCCUGCCUGGUCCUAGUAGAGAGGAUAGCUCAGAGAGAUGAUACCUAACACACCUACCCCUCCAUAUACCCGUCCCACUUCUGCACAUUGACAAGCAGAUAUACAUUUCACCAGGCUUAUACACCUGACCCCCCUGCCUGGUCCUAGUAGAGAGGAUAGCUCAGAGAGAUGAUACCUAACACACCUACCCCUACAUAUAUCUGUCCCACUAACGCUCACUGUCAAGCAGAUAUCCAUUACCCGGGUUUAUAUGCCUGAUCUCCUUGUCAAGUCUCCACAAGAAGGACAUUUGUGAUAGAUGAACCUGACCCCUGGGAUAUAGCACAACUCCACUGGGGAAGAAUGGAAGAAGUUCUCACAUAUCCCAAACUCUGUCAAAGAUUUAAAAAAAUAUUAUGACACGGUAUUGAAAACUCUGUUACCAGUUUACUAUGUAGGUUGAAACCGGUCACUUAAGGUUUACUGUAAAAGCCAUACUCUAAAUUCAUAUGAUUAUCAACUCAUUUUAGUCUCUGUUUUCAUUACAUCAUUGUUUUUUAGUUGGUGUUAAAUUCAUCCCAUAAAAACAUAAUGUUCUUUGCAACACUACUUUGAAGACUGAUUGUAUGCUUCAUUGUACCCUGUUUUACACAAAACUGUAUGCUGGUUAUAGAUUAAACUGUACCCUGGUUAUACACUAAACUGUACGCUGUUAUACACUAAACUGUUCACUGAUUUGCUGUGUUCCUUGUGUGAUAUUGUAGAAUUGUACAUUCCAUGUUUUUUAUGUGCAAUUAUCAAGUUUUCACCAAAUACAUGUAUAUUUCCUGAAUUAGAAAUUUAUUCCAAAGCACUAUAAUAUUUCUGUGUAUGAAAUGUCUAUUGGUAGUUUAAUUGUAGGGUAAGAGUAACUCUCAAAUUUUGUAGGGUAAAUUUCAUUUUGCCUGGGAAGCGUCUUUUUGAGAAAAAUAAUGAUUUUAUGCUUGAAUUUACAAGUUUGUCCAAAAGAAUAUCUGUAAAUUGAUGUUUGAUGGGGGUUUUUUUAUAAAAAAAAAGAAAGAAAAAAGUGAUUAUGCACUCUACUGUAGCUGAUCAAAUAUUGUCACAUUGUGGCAUCAACCCAAUCAAAUUAGUAAUUUGUAUUGUAGUUAACCUCAUUCUUCUUCAUUAUUUAAUUCCAAGAUGUUACCAUAUUCCUAGAUCCUGACAUUCCAUUUGUUUGAAGUUGAACCAAUGAUAAUUCCAAGACUGUUGCAAUAUUUACAUGUAAAUUAUUGUAAAUUAUUUUGUUGUGUUCCUGUUUUUGUAUUAAAUUCUGAAAACAUA